GUAGAAUACGCCAGUUAGUUAGCUCUUAGUUAGCGUUCUUAGCAAACAACCGUUUGUAGUGUCUAUAUUGCUGAGUUGGGACGCUGGACUUGCAUGUUAUACCACCGGAUUUAGACUCUUUCCUUUAUAUUGACUGAAGGAACUGUUGAGUAUGUGUUGCCUCUUAGUUGAAGAAUUUGAUUUCAUGGAUUAACACCGGAGUUAAGUGCACAACAUCAGCUUGUCAGAAGACCGACUAAGUUAGCUAACUUUAGCCCAUAAGCUAACGUAGCGACGUUUGUGACGCUCCGAGAACAUUUUGACUUGGAAGGAAGGAAGCGAGGAAAUUGAUUUGCAGGAUCACUGGGCAUCGCUAUUUUAAGAAAAGCUAGCAUACUUUGGGUUCCCCGAGCUCUGUGACUGUGACGCAUUUAGAAAAGUUGACUAAUUGUGCUUCUUGCGUGAUAUUUAGCACAAUUAAGUUAAGAGAUGCUGUAGCUAGUUGUCAACAGCAGUCUUUUAGGCUAACGUUAGCUGUAUAGCGGACUACUGCUUCAUUGCUCGGCCUCAAACUUCUAACGUUACAGGAGUUGUGUAAGUCAACCCCAUCUUUCUCUAUAACUUAUGUUAAACAACAGACCGGUGUUGUAAAAACUUUUUGUUAAGACUGUUUGACUCCAAGCCGCUCUGACAGAAGGGCAAUUGAAGAAACUUAUGGCAUCUGAUGUGAUUGAGAACGAAGCGGUGUUGAAGGGAGUCAAUGAUAUGAAUUUAAACAAUAGCAGCCCAGAUUUUGUCACAACCAGGAGGACUCAUGAGGAGUUUGGGAACAGAAAGACAUCUAGUCCUUCGUCUUCUGGGGUUUCUGGAGAGGGUGACAUGGAGGAAUUAGGAGAACUCCAACAAAGUACAACCUCUACAGUUGAAAAUGGCGAGGAGGCACUUCAAGAGAGUCCUAUAAAAACAAGACGUACGCCACAGGACAGGAAAACUCCAGACAAUGAGCAGAGACAGCCGGGAGCUAGAAGCUCUACACCAGGGAGCCUCUCCCAACCACGCACACCAACUACACCCAUUGCAAGCCUGGAACGCAGAGAAUCAGUUGCCACAAGAGAAGCCCGUCUUCGUAUGGAAGGAGUUGUGCUCAAGGAGGAGUGGCAGGAUGAAGAUUUUCCACGGCCCCUCCCAGAAGAAGAGGAGCUUGAUGAAGAGCUUUUUGCCGGAACCUCUGAAGAGGGAGACCCUGGCUAUGCCAUAAACCAUGGCAAGAGGACAAAGAAGAAGCUUGCAGCUCCAGACAUCAGUCUCACACUCGACUGCAGCGAGAGUUCUCUUCUCUCUGAUGACCUGGACGAAAGCACAGAGCUGGACCUUGACGACAUAGACACACCUUCAGACAACAGCAACGAGUUUGAAUGGGAAGAUGAUCUCCCUAAGCCAAAAUCCACAGAACUGUUACAGAAGGGUAUGGAGUCAGUGCAGGAGUACUCUGCAGCAGAUGAAAGGGAGGAGGGGAGACGCUGGAGGGUGUUUCGUAUCGGAGACCAGGAACAUAGAGUGGACAUGAAGGCAAUUGAACCUUACAAGAGGGUCAUCAGCCACGGAGGUUACUAUGGAGAUGGUUUGAAUGCCAUAAUUGUGUUUGCUGUGUGCUUUAUGCCUGAGAGCAAUCAACCAAAUUACAGAUACAUCAUGGACAAUUUAUUCAAGUACGUCAUUGGCACACUGGAGCUUUUGGUGGCUGAGAACUAUAUGAUAGUGUAUUUGAAUGGGGCCACAUCUCGGAAAAAAAUGCCAACAGUGAGCUGGCUCAGAAAGUGUUAUCAGCAGAUUGAUAGGAGGCUAAGGAAGAACUUGAAGUCUUUGAUAAUUGUUCAUCCAUCUUGGUUUAUUCGCACCCUGCUGGCACUUACGAAACCUUUCAUAAGCUCCAAAUUUAGUCAGAAAAUUAAGUUUGUGUACAGCUUGAAAGACCUCGCUGAACUGGUUCCAAUGGAGUAUGUGUCCAUACCAGAUUGUAUUAAACAGUAUGACGAAGAAAAAAAUAGGAAAACCUCUAAAAGAAUCGAUAAGGACAUGCACAGCAAAGUGGAGGUUGCAGCACCUGCUGUUCCAGAAUGACCAUGCUCGCACUGAAAGAUGAGGAGGAGGAGAGCCAUGAAGAAUGUUUAGAACCGCAGCCACUGUUAAUGUUUCUCUUCUGGGCAAUGUGACUGGAGAUUUAGCUCUAUGCAUCAAGAAAGUGCCUUUAUGAAAUGAUGCUGCCUGUUUCAUUGUGGAACUUCUACUGCAUGAUUUUCAGCGUUUUCCUACAAUCUGUCUGAAAUGUUUUAAAUCCUUUUUUUAUCUACUGCUGGUAUAUCAUAAUGAACUUAGCUUAUGGGUGUUCUCCAGUCACUGGUGUAUGUAAGCGUUAUUUAAGGCACUCUGUUACAACGGUUGAUGCAUGUUCUGCUUUAUUACAUUUAAAUAUAUAUUUAUAUUCAAAGGUGACAAAGGAGAGAAAUUAAUAUAUUUUUAUGGUUGCUCUGAUUUUAAACUGCAUUUUAGGUCUGUGGCCCUUUGAGCGGCAUUUCAUAGAACACAAUUUUUGACGGCACAUUUUUUUCACUGUUCACUGUUAAAAUCCUGCCCGUGGAAAAUAAAGUUUUAUUUUUUGCCCCUCA